UCUUACUGGCAGGACUCGGUAACUAAACCACUACGCUACGCUACGGUACUUUGAACUUCCAGGGUAUGCGAUACGUACGUAGCGUCGAAGAGCCUAUUUAAUUUAUUUUAUUAAGGCCCCAGUCCGCAACCUUAGACGAAGCCUCUGAAACGCCUCCGCAGUUCACCUGGACUCUCUUAUUCACCCGGCCGCCUGGCCUCAUGGAGUUUUUCUUUUUAUUCACUAUUCACGUUUUUGAUCGUAGGUAGAGGCCAGUAAGGCUGCCUUUUGAGACAGGUUUCGGGGUAUCCCGUAUCAAGCGAGGAUACGCAUUACUGCGCGCGUCGGAGGAACAAUAACACGAACAAGUUGAGAAGGUUUAGCAUACACGUUUUAUGCCGUUACAGAGGGAAAGGACUGGAACUAAAUAAAUACAAUAGUUGAUCUAUUCCGUUAUAUUUAAGGAGACUACACCUUAACUUUUAAAAGUUGUCAACUUGACUUAAACGCAGGAGGUUUGUCCUCAUUGUGUUAUGGAAGGUUUCUGAAGGGCAGCUAGCUGUGUCUGGUGUUAUUAUUGUAUUGCAAAGACCCCGAAGUGAAAGACUGUUGGUUUUUCUUUUUUUUCUCUUAUGGGAUAUGAAGCGUUUGCGGCCCUCGUUAGCUGGAUGGCAUUCCGAAAAAAGGUUGUGUUUCUGAUUGGUCAUGUGCGAAAGGCAGAUCUGCAGAUAAAAUUAGAGCAGGAAAACCGUCGCUAUGGAGACACACUGAUCGGCGAGUUCUUGGACACGUAUCAGAAUCUCACUCUGAAGGCCGUGAUGGGCUACCGUUGGGUGGCAGAAAAAUGCAAAGACUUCCCUCUGCUCAUCAAAAUGGACGACGAUGUUUUACUCGACGUGCAAAAGUUCUUCGACACUUUCUGGACCACACGGGAGCCUUCGCGGAAAAUCAACACAAUCUUCUGCAACUUCUGGCUCGGGGCGACUGUAGAUCGAACUGGCAAAUGGAAGGUGGAGAGAGGACUCUUCCGAAAUGAGAGCUAUUCGUUUCCAUACUGCAGCGGUUUCUUCGUUCUGGUGACCCCCGACCUGGUCAGACCCAUGUACGAGGCUGCUAAACGCCUCGAUUUUUUCUGGAUCGACGAUGUGUUCCUCUACGGAAUGGUCCCCGCUGCGAUCAAAAACGUCAGAUUUGCGCAGCUUGGCGGGAAGAAGACGAAACUGAUCACAACAGAUGCGCGCAGCGUUAAGAAACGUCUCCAAAAGGAGGGUCUGUCGAGCGAGACAUGGGCCUUUCUUACGUUGAAUGAGAAAGAGUUUGAUGAGAAUUACGCUUUUCUGCAGAGACUGAAAACAGAGAAGCUUCUUAACGAAACUAUGGCGAGAAAUACGUCAAUCCAAACGAAGUGAGAGUUGAUGGUUGGCGGGUGCUCUGGUGUGGUUUGCUUCUUCUUUCCUAUCAAACGUCUAUCGUCCUUCUCUCCCCCUCCUUCUUUUUUAUGUUUGUUACUCUCUUGUAACACAUCUAAUCUUCUGGCGCUCAUAGGACCGUAUACAGUUGCGAGCGCCGUAAAACGUCUACAAAAACUUAACUUUAAAAAACUUAAGAAGUGAGAGUUUGUCAAGUACCUAAUAUGUGUGUAUUUGUGUAGAUCUGUGUGUGGGGUAUAUACGAGAGGCGGGAGAGAGAUGAACGAGAGUGUGAGAGUAUUGGAGAGAGAGAGAGAGAGAGAGAGAGAGAGAGAGAGAGAGAGAGAGAGAGAGAGAGAGAGA